GCCCCGCCCGGGGCCCGUGACGCGUGUGGCAGGGCCGGACCGAGGGCGGGCCCGGAGGUCAUGGCGGCGGACAUGGCCGCGGACAUGGCGAUGGCAGCGGCGGCGGCAGAAGCACCCGACUACGAGGCAGCGGAGCUGUACACGCGUGCGUUCCGCGUGGGUGCCCUGGGCCUCGGCUGGCGGCGGCUGCUGGGGCCGCCCGACCUCUCGCUGGCGGCGGAGGAGGCGGAGGAGACGGACGCGACCGUGGCCGCAGCGCUGGGCUGCGCGCCGGGCACGGCGGCCGAGCUGCGCGCCGUCUGCAGCAUUGAUAUGUUAAUGUCUUCUGAAAAAGAAGAGGACCCAGAUGUUAUUCCUGAGGACAGCAAUCUGCUCACUCUUAGAAUUAGAAAGAAGGCCUUAGAGAGGAGAGAAGAAACAAUUACUGUGGAUCGGGCUUGCAGACAAGAAACUCUUGCCUAUGAGAUGGAGUCACAUGCAACUGGAAAGAGGCCAGACAAUCCAGCAGAUCUAAUUGAGGAGGGAGAACUACUUUUAACUCUGAACAUCUUUUAUCCUGUUAUAUUUCAGAAGCAUAAAGAUCACAAACCCUACCAAACAGUCCUUGUACUGGGCAGCCAGAAGCUCACUGAGCUGAGAGACUCAAUUUCCUGCGUCAGUGACCUCCAGAUAGGUGGUGAGUUCAGCAGUCAGCCAGAUCAAGCACCAGAGCACAUCAGCAAGGAUCUUUACAAAUCUGCUUUCUUCUACUUUGAAGGCAUCUUCUAUAAUGAUAAAAGAUACCCAGAAUGCAGAGAUCUGAGCAGAACAAUUAUAGAGUGGUCAGAAUCUCAUGACAGAGGCUAUGAAAACUUUCAGUCUGUUAAGAUGGAGGACUACGUAUUUAAUGAUUUAUCCCUCAAAAUUGGCUUUCCAUACCUUUACUGCCACCAAGGGAACUGUGAACACAUCGUUAUAAUCACAGAUAUAAGGCUUAUCCAUCAUGAUGACUGCCUGGAUAGGAGUCUAUAUCCCUUGCUAGUCAAGAAACAUUGGCUUUGUACCAGAAAAUGCUUUGUGUGCAAGAUGUAUACAGCAAGGUGGGUAACCAACAGAGACAGUCUGGCACCCGAGGAUCCUUGUUUCUUCUGUGAUGUUUGUUUUCGGAUGCUCCAUUACAAUGCAGAAGGCAAUAAACUGGGGGAGUUUCUUGCAUAUCCUUAUGUUGACCCUGGGAUUUUCAAUUGAAACUGACACACACCAGGAAUAAUUCAGUGAAUGACUGUCCUUGUUUGGAGGCAGGAGCUUCUCUUUGAAAUGGAGAAUGUAAACCCCCUCCCUCCAAAUUAUGAUGAUUUUGAAAUUAAGGGGC